AUGUGCCCCCCGUCCUGCGGCAAGGAAUCCCGCCACUUCGACACCCUGACACGACACUGCACAGACACACCGCGACACGCGCGGAGCGACACAACACGCGCGACAGCUAGACGCGUACUGAUCCCUCAACCAUCGCUCACCCACGGCUUUUCCACCACAAUACACAAUAGACAAAGACGGCAAUACAAACCGUCAACAGGCGGGAAAGAGACAGCGAUAGUAGCUAUUGCGGGGCGUGGUCGCAAUCACCAGCCAGUAGGAGUCAGGGGGUGGCGCCUACACUUUUCUACUUUUUUCCGUGCGUGUACGAUGGUAGUGGUUCGUUUUGUGGGACACGUGCGUCAG